AGGGGCGGUCCGCGGAGCAGAGCUCAGCCUCCCGCUCCCUUCAGUGCUUGGGUCUCUGGGGGUGACACCAAAAGCUUCUGCUCAGUGUCCGGUGCCUGGCAGCGGGUGUCGGAUCCUGGAGGCGGAGGACAGCCGGGCAGGUGGAGGGCGCCGCCUGAAGCAAAAGGAGAGACGAGCUGGGCUGCGGGAGGCGCUGCCGCCACUCUGCCCGCGCUGCCCCGCAACCUGCGGCGGGAGGAGCAGGCAGCAGCCCGACCUCAGUGAUCGUCUAGCAGAGCGCAGCAGGCAGCGCGGACCCCCGGGAUGCUUCCGACGUUGCUGCAGCCGCUGGCGGCGAAACAGAGCCGAGCCUGCUGCUGAGAGAGGCUGAACAAAGCUGGGUCUCGAUCGCGCUUCCUGCUUGUCAGCCUCUUGUCUCCCAAACGCUUACUGUUUCCACUUGAUGUCAUCACGCAGAAGGGGGUGAAAGGGACACGUGACAGAUUCAGAAAUUAGCAUAUGUGUGAAUGCUCGAUGCCCUGUGAGCUUGCUGAUUCCCUGUUGACCUUGAGAAGAGGGAUCCAGAGUGGUGACAUUUGAGGACCGGCUUUUCCAGCUUCCUGUUGGCUCUGCCCUUUGACUCUUGGUCCACGAUGGAGACACUCUCCCAGGAUUCCCUGCUGGAAUGUCAGAUCUGUUUUAAUUAUUACAGCCCCCGACGAAGGCCCAAGUUGUUGGAUUGCAAGCACACCUGCUGCUCAGUGUGCCUCCAGCAGAUGAGGACCAGCCAGAAGGAUGUAAGGUGCCCCUGGUGCCGUGGCAUCACCAAAUUGCCCCCGGGCUUCUCUGUAUCACAACUGCCCGAUGACCCAGAGGUCUUGGCAGUCAUCGCCAUACCGCACACUUCCGAGCACACCCCAGUCUUCAUCAAACUUCCAAGCAAUGGGUGCUACAUGCUGCCCCUGCCCAUCUCGAAGGAGCGCACACUCCUGCCGGGAGACAUGGGCUGCCGCCUGCUGCCAGGGAGCCAGCAGAAGUCUCUCACUGUGGUGACCAUCCCUGCAGAACAGCAGCCCCUGCAGGGUGGAGCUCCCCAGGAGUCUGUGGAGGAGGAGCCUGACAGACGGGGCGUAGUGAAGAGCUCCACCUGGUCUGGCGUGUGCACUGUCAUCCUGGUGGCCUGUGUUUUGGUCUUCCUCCUGGGCAUUGUGCUACACAACAUGUCCUGCAUCUCUAAGCGCUUCACUGUGAUAUCCUGUGGUUGAAGUCUUUCACAGGGAUGCCUCUUGUGGGUGCCAACUUAGGGGGCAAGCAGGUGUUGGUGAUGGGAUCCCUGUGAUGAGAUGGGGGUGACACUGAGCAUUUGGUGCAAGCGCUGGCCUGCGAUUAGCCACUUGACUCACCUAAAGACAAGUGCAGAGGGUGAGGUCUCAGCAAGAUCCCAGGAGAGCAGUCUGGAGAUGGUGACAACUAUGAAGAUGUUUGCAUGCUUCCUCACAAUUGUGUAUCCAAUGGGCUGUAAUUUAUGAUUUUCCAAAAUCAUGGUCCCAAGUUAGACUUUUCUACUUAGACAUGAAACUGUACAUGUGGGUGCAAUAGCUCUCUAAAUACGUUAGAUGGUAGGUUAAAGCAGAUACACAAGUAAAAUUAAACCUUAAAUUCAUGUUUAAAAAACAAAAACAGUGAAGACCCAGAGCUGGCUCCUGUGUGUGCAUGUUUGUGUAUGUGUGUGCUCACGCAUGCGUGGGUGCACGUGUGUGUAUGUGUGUGUGUGUGUGUGUGUGUGUGUGUGUGUGUAUGACCGAACCCUGGUCUUCAUAAACUUUUUAUACAUUUUGAAUGGCACCCAAAUCAAAAUAAUCAAAACAGACCUUUUGGCUGUUUGAAGAAAAUAUUUGCACACAUGUCUCCAAUGUGUUGUGCUUUGCCAAGUUCCUUCAUUUCUCUUCAUCUGUGAUUUAAGCUUGCUAUGUUCUUGUUAAGCUGGAAGCCCAACAGGCGAAUGAUGGACAGGGAAAUACAGGCAAUGCCUAAUUCCCUAAGAAACCUAUAUGCCAAUCUUUCUCAAGCCAUCUCACAAGAUAAGAAUUUAAAGUGUAAAUAUUGUGAAUCUCUGUGUGUAUUUUGUGUGUGUAAUUCGAUUUAUCUCAGGUUUUUGAGUUUUUUCCUGAAGAAUCCUGGGAGUAAGACUUUGUGGGCGUGCAUAAGUCAAGUGUCUACAACACCAGCCUCCUGGCUGGUGCCUGGAUCUUUCCCCCACAUCACCUCCAACAUCCACUUGCACUUUGCUGUGUGUAGUGAUCCCAUGUCAGUAAAGGCUCGGACAGAGCAUUAGAGGAACUCGUCGUUUUCCCUCAGUUUAGAGGGCUUUGUGUCAAAGUCACAAAUGUUGCUAAUCAAUGGCACACCUAGAUGGGCAUUGUAAUAGACAGUCCUUGAUGAUCAUUUCUUUGAAAGAUUUUCCUGUAAGAGUUAACCUGCUUAGAAUUCAAUUUCAUCUUGUUGGAACUAGCAAGAAAAUGUUUUGUAUUUCAAAUGUUUCUACUGCCAGAAGUAGUAUGGUGAACAAAAAUUCGUGCUCUCUAUGUAAGUGAACCAGUUUCUCAUGAGGGCUCAACUAUUUUAAAAUGUGAAUUCAUGAAGAAAGAUCUGUUAGCAUAAAAGGAGCAGUCCCUAGUCUGGCUGUGUGCAUUCGGAAAGAGUUACCAGUGCUGUAAUCCUCUUUGAACUCUGUGGAAUGAGUGAGAUUUGUUGAGGACACCACUCAGCUGUGUUCCUCCCUGCUGUUCUGUUGAGUCCCAGAAAUGGUGGAAAGGGUGGGAAAGGCAAAGGAAAGGAAACAGUGGCACAGGAUCUAAGCAAGGUCAGAAGCAGCCCUGGGACAUGGAAGCAUGAUUGGCCUGCUGGCCUUCAUCUUCAAGCUGCACAGCAGAUGUGUGCUAAAGUGAUGACUUUACAGUGAAAUGAAACAGAGGAAUAACAUCUAGAGAACAACGAUAACAAUUGGCAUGAAAAUUCAGCAUCAAAGUAUGAGCUCUGGUUUUUAAAAUCUUUCAAAUUUGUAAGACCUUUAGGGAAAAAAAAUGUAUCUGAGGGCUCAAACUAGAAAUUAGGUUAAAAUACCAUUUUAUCGUGUAAGCUAUUGGGCAUUAUACAACGAAUAAUCUAGGAUUUAUUUGGUAUUAAUAAUUUAGGUAUCAUUAGCUGAAUACUAUCCUCUAUUAUGUAACAUAAUAUACUGUUGGGUUAGCAUCAAUUUCUCAAACUCUCAGGCUGCUCUAAUGCAUGUCUGACCCACUUUCUAAUUCUCUCAGAGGAGAAAACACACAUAGACAAAAACAAAAACGUUGCAUAAAGGAUGUUAUGUUUCCAAUGGAUGUUACUCUUGCAGUUUUAAGCCAGGCCAUAUUUAAAUUCAUUUGUGAGAGAUAUCAGCAUACCUUUCUGUACAGUAGAAAAUGAGUGAUCCUAUAGUGCAGUGUGUAAAAAUGUUCUAGUUGUUUAGGAGGCUAUUUAUAGAUACAACAUGUGUGUUGAUAUGGUGUCCUGUGGUUUUUCAGUGCAAAGCUGUAUAGUAAAAUUGUCCACAGAACUCUUAAAAAGUCCAUGUUAGAGCUGUAAUUAAGCAAAAUCAAUCUGCUCCCUGGUAGACUCUUGACCUUACAACCUGACACCAAUAACCCAAGUCAGAGCUUUUUCAUGUGUGCUUGGUCCAAGAGACAUUAUUUAAAAUGGUUGAAAUGGAUUCUACCUAUGGUUUGCAUAUGUGCUUAUUAGGGUGUGUGUGUGUGUGUGUGUGUGUGUGAGAGAGAGAGAGAG